ACAAAAAUAAAAUGUGAAGUGAAGUGAUUGAAUUUCUUUACCAACAAUGUCAAAGGGAUGUAUUCUUGUCACUAAUAAUAUCGUUAUUUUAUCAAAAUGUAAUCAAUAGAUAUCUUUGAGUGCAACUCAAGAAAUUUCAGUAACAUAUAAUGGAUACAAAAUAUGUCAUUAAAACACCACUCAUUGAGUUAUGUCUAAUUUAAGAAACAACAACAACACAAUAGUACCUACAACAAAAUUACAAUAAAGCUAUAUUAUCAGCUAGAUUUCAACAAUACGCACACUUUACUUAAACAAAUUGAAUUUGGACUCAGUGUACUUAGUUUAAAACGAUGCCUAGAAAUAAUUUAGAGAAAACUAAUAUGGACAGUGCCAGAAAAACGAAAAAGAAAGUGCCAAGCAAAGGAAAAUCGCAUACAAGUAAAUUAGCGAAGACGAAAAAAGAAAGGAGAAUAUCUGAGAACACCCGAGACAGGGUAACAAAACAUAAAGGAGUAUUAAUCGAUUGGCGUCACUACCAUACAUUGAGUACGAUCUAUGAUUUCCUACACUAUUUGGAAAUGGAAUAUCCAGCCAUCUGUACAGUGAGAGAUAUCGGAAGAUCUUUAGGCGGAUUGGCUAUAAAGAUGCUGAAGAUAUCCAACACCGACGAAACCAACAGACCGGUGUGGCUCGACGGAACUAUACACUCCCGAGAAUGGAUAAGCACCAGUGUCGUCACCUUCAUCGCUCACUUAAUAGCCAAAAACUUCGAGCGACUUCCUUCCUACAUUACUAAUAAAGACUGGUAUAUAGUCCCAGUAUUAAAUCCAGACGGUUACUGCUACACGCAAUACGUGAGAUUAUGGAGAAAAAACCGAGCUAUUUGCAACCGAGAAGUAGUGGGCGUCGAUCUUAAUAGGAAUUUCAGUUACGAAUGGGGGACAAACGAGGAUGAAGGAUCGUCAUCGCUGAAUCCCCAACACAGCCGAUAUCGAGGACCAAUGCCAUUCUCGGAACCUGAAUCUGCUGCUGUCCGGAAUUUCAUUAUGAAGUUGGGAAAACAAUUCGAGAUAUUCCUGACGUUUCACUCACCGGAACAAGCGAUCACUAUUCCAUGGUGUUAUACUUCAGAACCUUGCCCGGAUUAUGUAAAGCUUAUGCAGGGUGGUGCUGUGAUGGCCAAAGCAAUAUAUCAAACAACAGGUCGUAUAUAUAAAGUAGGAACGUUCAGAGAUACAAUAUACUGUGGAGCGGGUACCAGCUUAGAUUGGAGCUACGGAUCAGCUAAAAUACCAUUUUCCUAUCUCAUUGAGUUACGCAAGGGUGGAAAGCGGUUCAUUCUACCAGAAACUCAGAUAUUCGAUACUUGUAAAGAAACUAUGGUAGCUGUAGAAUCCCUUAUGAAAUUUGUAGAUGAAAGCCAAAAUAAGGAACUGAAGUUAUACCAGCCUUGUUUCAGUAAACAUGAUAAUGAUAAUUGUAACUACUCGCUCACUAGAUUGCUUACAAGCGAUGACGCCCUUGUAUUAAUACGCAAAAACCCUCGUAUGUGUAAAUAUAAUACUCAACACGUAGACAAAACUUCAAAAAGAUAUCGUUACACGAAACCAAUUUUAUACAGUAAAUCCCUGUCAACAAAGCGUAAAAUACCAUUUGAUACAAAAGAUAAAUAUAGUGUUCAUGCCUUUUCGGGAUGUGAGGAUGAAAAUUUGUCAGUAAUUGACGUUUUACUAAGAGAAUAUAAUAACAUGUAUUCUUAAUGUUUGUUUAGUAUUAUCAUAGAAGAUGGAAAAAAUGUAUAGACACAUAGACAAAUCAUAAUUUUUUUAUGUUUCUAGUUAUAGUGACAUUAGAGACAAGGGUGAAAUCACUUUUUUCGGACAUUGCUGGAAAUGACAUUCAAUUUGUUUUUUUAGAAAAUAUUGAGAAAUAUUUA